AGGCUCGGUUUAGUAGAGCGCAAUGGGCCAAGUGAGAGAAUGUGUUUGGCACAUUUCCAUCAUUUGAAGUUUCUGCACCUUUAAAAUUAACAUUUUAAUACACAUUCAUUUUAGUCUCGGUUUGAUUAUCUUAUCCGGUUCGCUUUUCGCAUCAUGCAUCAACUGACUCAUGAUGAGAUAAACACUGGCACACAACUGCGAAUGAAGCAUUAACAGCAGGAGUCGGCAAGCUCUUUUUGUUCACCUACACUCAGAACGCAGACUUGGACAGAGGGCUAUGGGCACUUUGCGGGACCUGCAGUUUGCUCUACAGCUGAAGAUCGAGGAGCUCCGCCAGAGAGACGCUCUGAUAGAUGAGCUGGAGUUGGAGCUGGACACUAAAGAUGACCUUAUCAGACAGCUGCAGACAGAACUGGACCGGCACCGCAAUGCUCUUCAACACACGGGAACCACAGGGAAUAUAGAGAACACAGGACUGGCACUGUCCCCAUCAGUGCCUGAUGAGCCGCUGCGGACGAAGAGACAGGCAAUAUCAGCUGAACCCACCGCUCUGGACCCUUCACAGCUCACACACAUCACACUUACCAACUACAGCAAGAGCGAAGAGUCUAGAGAGCUGAUCCAGAGGGCUCUGUUGGAGAAUGACUUCAUGAAACACCUGGAUCAUGGACAGAUCCUGACCAUAGUGGAUUGUAUGCAUCCUACUCGCGUGGCCCGGGGCUGCUGUGUCAUACAGGAGGGAGACGAUGGAUCUCUGGUUUAUGUCCUGGAGGAGGGGAAGGUGGAGGUGACAAAAGCGGGAACGAAGUUGUGCACAAUGGAUCCUGGCAAGGUCUUUGGAGAACUGGCAGUGCUCUACAACUGUACCAGAACCGCCACAGUUACAGCUUUGACGGACAUUAAACUGUGGGCAAUAGACAGACAGGGUUUCCAGACCAUCAUGAUGAGGACUGGCCUCAUCAAACAGUCCCUGUAUCUGGAGCUCCUACGAAGUGUUCCCUCCUUUCAGUCACUGCCUGAGGACGUUCUAAGUAAAGUGGCUGAUGUUCUAGAGGAGACUCACUACAGUGAAAGCGAAUACAUAAUCAGGCAGGGCGCUACGGGAGACACCUUCUUCAUAAUCAGCCAAGGACAGGUUAGGGUUACACGGCAGAAAUCCACCAGUGAGGAGCCAGAGUUUCUGACCACUCUAACUAGAGGGGAAUGGUUUGGAGAGCAGGCACUGAAAGGUGAGGAUGUUCGUACAGCCAGUGUCACGGCAUUAGGAAGAGUCACGUGUCUGGUCGUCGACAGAGAGUCUUUCAUGCAUCUGACUGGAGGGCUGGAUGAUGUGAACAGCAAACCGUACGAGAGUGAUGAUAUCAAGGCCAAGUUGGAGGCAGAGUCUGUGUUUUUCUCCUGUCUGUCUCUCAGUGAUUUCGAUGUCAUCUGCACCCUCGGCCUGGGAGGCUUCAGUCGUGUCCAGCUAGUUCAGCUGAAGAAUGACCCCAGUCAGUCAUUUGCUAUGAAGGUUCUGAAGAAGCGUCACAUUCUGGACACCAGGCAACAGGGCCACAUCCUUUCAGAGCGAAGUAUCAUGAUGGAGGCACACAGCCCCUUCACUGUCAGGUUGUUUCGAACGUUCCAGGACUCUAGAUAUCUGUAUAUGCUGCUGGAGGCUUGUCUAGGAGGAGAACUGUGGACUCUACUGAGAGACAGGGGCCCAUUUGAUGACAGCACCACGCGGUUCUACACUGGCUGUGUGGUAGAGGGUUUGGCCUUCCUCCAUGCUAGAGCCAUCGUCUACAGAGACCUCAAACCUGAGAACAUCAUGUUGGACCACAGAGGAUAUGCUAAACUGGUGGACUUUGGUUUUGCUAAGAAAGUGGGUCUGGGUCAGAAAACAUGGACUUUCUGUGGGACUCCAGAAUAUGUGGCUCCGGAGAUCAUCCUGAACAAGGGACAUGACGUCUCCGCUGACUGCUGGUCUCUGGGGAUACUCAUCUAUGAACUGCUCAGCGGCAGCCCUCCAUUCACUGCUUGUGACCCUAUGAACACCUACAACAUUAUCCUGAGAGGAAUCGACAUGGUGGAGUUUCCAAAAAAGAUCUCCAAAAGUGCUGCCAAUCUCAUCAAACGCCUCUGCAGGGACAACCCAUCUGAGAGGGUAGGGAACCAGAAGAACGGGGUGAAGGACAUCCAGAAACACAAGUGGUUUGAAGGUUUUAACUGGGAAGGACUCCGACAGGCAACUCUAGCCCCUCCCUUCACGCCUACUGUGGAGGGCCCGCUGGACACGAACAAUUUUGACUGUUUUCCUGAUGACAACGAGGACCCGCCUCCAGACGAGGACUCUAGCUGGGAUCUAGAGUUUUGAUCUGUCUUAGAGCAAAACUUUCAGCUUCAGAUAGGCCUAGCCAUUAUGAAGUGACCAAGUGGUAGCCUUAAUGAACAGUAUUGUUGUGAUAAUGCCCAAUGCUUACGCAUCCUCUUUAUAAAAUAAAACUUAUGCUCCCUCUUUAUCCCUCCCAUCAUUGUAGACGACAGUGGUUGGACGGGCAAUAGGCGACUGGUGAAAGGGCUUUUCUCAUAUUGACA